GUGUGUGUGUGUGAGGUAAAGGAGGUGUGUGUCUGUGUGAGGUAAAGGAGGUGUGUGUCUGUGUGUGAGGUAAAGGAGGCAGAGUGUGUGUGUGAGGUAAGGAGUUGUGUGUCUGUGUGUGAGGUAAGGAGGUGUGUGUCUGCGUGUGAGGUAAAGGAGGUGUGUGUCUGCGUGUGAGGUAAAGGAGGUGUGUGUCUGCGUGUGAGGUAAAGGAGGUGUGUGUCUGUGUGUGAGAUAAAGGAGGUGUGUGUCUGUGUGUGAGGUAAAGGAGGUGUGUGUCUGUGUGUGAGGUAAAGGAGGUGUGUGUCUGUGUGUGAGAUAAAGGAGGUGUGUGUCUGUGUGUGAGGUAAAGGAGGUGUGUGUCUGUGUGUGAGGUAAAGGAGGUGUGUGUCUGUGUUUGAGGUAAAGGGGGCAGAGUGUGUGUUUCCCGAUGUGCACUGUUAGAGGGUAUGUAUCUGAAAGCACUAACCUGUGUGCGUGGACGUGUUUAACUAUACUAUAAUAUACUAUAAUAGUAUGCUGCAGCCCUCUCUUCAAGCACACAGACACCACCCCCCCAGAAAGGGAUAUGCCAUGGUGUAAUUUAAAAGUAGCUAAAAAAAAAAUAACUGUGACCAAAACAUUUUCAUAACAUCGUUUUCAAAAUAGCCCAAUUGCGGAAAACUGUGGACAUGGCAACCCUGGUCAGAUAACUCAUGGUCCAAUGACUACCUGUUAGCAGUAUAUGUCCCGCAUUCGAAGCUACAUCCAUAAUCGGUAGACGGUUAUGAUUGUAGAAUCGCGGUUUGCAUUGCGAGCAGUGUACAAGAAAUUAUUAAAUCCAGCUUUUAGGAUGCUACCCCCUCCCCAAAUCAAAAUGUAAUAUGGAUGCCAAUGUCUAGCUUUGCGUGCACACAUUUCCUUUAUUUCUCAUGUGGGACAGCACCUGCCUGUUUUGCCGGACUUAUUAGAUAACAGACCGGUGUGCGCAAAGCGAAAAACUAACAUUAGCAUCCAUAUUAGAUUUUGGAGCGUAGCAUCUCAAAACUGGAUUUAAUAGAACCGUCUACCGAUUAUAGAAUCUAGCUUUGGACCGGGGACACAUGCUGCUAGCAGGUACGGUCAUUGGACCAUGACUUAUGUCGAAUGCAGUCGCUAUGGAAUGCCCUUAGACCUAGUCUCAUUAAAUAAUGAAAUCAUUAAUCAAACAUCUAAUAUUGGGCGACCUUGGGUUUUCAGAUCAGAACGAUGUAAAUGAUGUUAUUGAAAUGUUGACUUUUUCUUGAAUCCUUUAUAGACAGAGGGGCAAAUUCCUGUGGUCGCUGUAUAGACAUGACAGAUAUCAUAGUGAGUCAUGUAGGAUAUCCUACAUUAGUAGAUGUCCUAUUCUUUAAGUUAAUUUGUCAUAGAGUUAUGUUUCAUGACUUUGAAUGUUAAAAAUAGCAUCUUAUCAUGCUACUUUUAAAAUGUCAAUGAUGUUUUGAUCGUCUUUCCUUAGAAACUUCUGAAACGAGCCAGAGGGUGAAGUGGAGAGACCUUUCUACAACAUGAUUCAACAACCGAUUUACCAGGCCUUUUUAAAGUCAAAUUUGUCUGAAUUAUAAAUUUAACCUGUGUUUUGUUUUAUUUCCUUUAGUUUGAAUCUUUAGUCUUUACUUAUUUUUCAGUCGCUAGUCUUUAUCUGUUUGCGUUUCAUCUGUUUUGUCUGCCAUUUAGAAUUUGUACAAUGCAGAGUAUUUUGGAACACUUUUAUAUGCUGUCCAAUUAAAUGUUGUGUCCUGUAAAUCUCUUUGGUGUAGUCCUAGUGGCCCCUGCCAUGUUCCAUCAAGCUGACCAGAAUUUGUUUCCUGUCAUACUAUUUUAGUUCCCUGUCAUAGAAAUGUGCCUCUUUAUCUUUUGAGAGGAGUGAUAUUCACCCAGUGCCUUUAUCAUUUUCUCUGUUAUAAAGAUGUAGCAUUAAUGAAAUGCUAGAGAGCCCUCCAAAUUAAAAUUGGAACCUCAAAGCUAGUUCCUGUCUAAUCAGGGACUGGUUUAGACAUGGGACACCAGGUGGGUGCAAUUAAUUAUCGGGCACAAGAGCCAGCAGUCCUCUGGACCUCAUACGGUGGCUUAGUGGUGAGCAGGUUGUGUCAUGCUGGCUGCCUGACAUGCUCAGCGUUAAACGGCUGCCUGUCCUGUAAGCCCCGCCUCUUCUUCCACUUGAAGCAUGAUGGGAUGCGGGAGAGGGGGACCUGUCUGCUAUCCUGCCCCAGAGGUCACUAUGGGACACGCUCCCCACAUGUCAACACCUGCACCAAGUGCAGGGAGGACUGUGUUUCCUGCUUCAACAGGAACUUCUGCACUCACUGUCACCAGGGCCACUACCUGUACAGAGGGAGUUGUGAGAACAGCUGCCCCGAGGGCCUGACCCCAAACGCUGCACUAAGAGAGUGCAAUGAUUGUCUAGUGGGCUGUGAGGUGUGUGUGACGAGGAACACCUGCACCAGGUGUAGAGCAGGACUGUACCUCCUGCAUGGCCAGUGCCAUCAUACCUGCCCAGGGGGGUUUGAGCCUGAUAGACAGCUCAUGGAGUGCAUUUCUCAAGUACACUGUCAGGUGGGAGAAUGGGGAGACUGGGGUCUCUGCUUUCGGAGAGGGAGGGACUACAGGAAUUUUGUGGAGGUACGAAGACGAGAGGUCCUACGGCACCCCACUCUGUACGGCGACCCCUGCCCCAAAGUCAAAGAGUGGAGGAAAUGUGUCAUCAAAGGGAGACCGAGUCCAGGAAGAUCAGAUGGCAAAGGCAUUAGGCCAACAGAACAUUGAUGCAAGAUCAUUGGUGGGAGCAAAAUAAUAGCAAGUGGCAGAUGUGAUCCAAAACAGGAUGGAAGGACAGGAGGACUGGAUUAACUGGUUUGAAAGAGAGACCUCCAUUGCCUGAACAUCAGUCGUUUCUUGUCAGGAACAGUGUGCAACAAUUUAUUCCUCUAUGUUUGUGACCAGCUGUUGGCCUGCCUUGGUUGAGAGACCUUGGAGAAGAUAACAUUAUCAUCUGCUCUAGAAUUUUGUGUUCAACAUUUUUUUCUUCAUUAUGACAUGUCACCCACACGAUCCAUUCCAGGAAAAGGUCACUAACUUGAUAUGGACUGAAUUGAGCAGUGUUCAAAAAGCAAAGUGUGUUAUUCUAAUAGUUUUUUUGUUUCUAUCAUGAUGGUGGCAAGCCCACUUGUUCUAACAUGUGUAGCAUUUCUCUGUAUAGCAAGUCAAAUUGAAACUAUUGAUUCCUUUUCAUGAUUGCAAUCAUUGUUAUAGACCUACAUAAAAUGUUUGUGUAGGUGAUUUUAUAGUAAAUUACAGUAUGUUGUCUUCACAAACAUGACUGAAUUUUUAAAACAUUUACCAAAAAACGUUGUUAGGUGGAAAGCCUACUCCAAAGAUGUCUAUAGCUAGCUAAAUAAAACAAAUUCUAUAC